AUGACGGAUUCGAAACAUACGGUGAAUUUCGUAACCCCAAGAAAAUUUAUUAAAACAUUUAAAAAAGAUUGUAAAGAAACGUUCUUCCCUGAUGAACCGUUCAGUAAGUUCCAACACGACAAACUGUUGCAAAAAGUCAAGAAAACAAUCCAAUAUUUCAUCCCAAUUUUUGAAUGGCUACCUAGGUACAAUCUACAUUUAUUUAGAUACGACGUGCUUGCCGGUAUCACCAUUACAAGCCUCGCGAUCCCUCAAGGGAUUAGCUACGCCAGACUGGCUGAUCUUCCUCCGAUUAUCGGCUUAUAUUCAAGCUUCGUACCACCUCUUAUUUACACUGUGUUCGGGAGCUCGAAUAACUUAGCGGUCGGAACGGUAGCUGCGUGCUCGUUGCUUAUGCAUGAAACCCUAGGAGCUGUGGUAUCACCAAAAGAUGACCCCACCUUGUAUCUUCACUUGAUUUACACUUCAACUUUCUUCACUGGGAUUUUCCAAACUGCUUUAGGAUUUUGCAGGUUGGGAAUUUUGGUUGAUUUCCUAUCACAUUCAACGAUCACUGGUUUCAUGGGAGGGACUGCAAUAAUAAUUUCCCUGCAACAAAUGAAAGGCAUACUUGGUUUAAAACAUUUCACCACUCGUACAGAUGUAGUUCGUGUAAUACAAGCAAUUUUCCACUAUAGAAACGAGUGGAAGUGGCAAAGUUUUGUUGCUGGUUUGGUCUUCCUUUGUUUCCUACAAGUGGCUCGAUAUGUGAGACAAAGAAAACCUAACCUAUUUUGGGUAUCAGCUAUAUCUCCCAUGGCGGUUGUCGCGGUUGGUUGUCUUUAUGCAUAUUUGGGAGACGGUGAACAACAUGGAAUCGCCAUUGUGGGUGAUUUAAAGAAGGGAUUAAAUCCUUCAUCAAUUCAUUAUUUGAACUUCGAUAGUCGUUAUCUUCCAGCAACUAUUAGGGCUGGUGCUGUCACUGGGCUUAUUUCAAUGGUGGAAGGAAUAGCAAUAGGACGAAGUUUUGCCAUCAUUAAAAAUGAACAAAUUGAUGGCAACAAGGAAAUGAUAGCCUAUGGGUUCAUGAACAUAAUCGGAUCUCUCACUUCAUGCUACUUAACAACAGGUCCAUUCUCAAAAACAGCUGUGAAUGUGAAUUCUGGAUGUAAGACACCAAUGGCCAAUGUAGUACAAGGAUUUUGCAUGAUGCUAACACUAUUGUUCUUGGCACCAAUCUUUAGUUAUACCCCUCUGGUAGCAUUAGCUGCCAUUAUCAUGUCUGCAAUGCUUGGACUAAUCAACUAUGAGGAGAUGUAUCACCUCUAUAAAGUCGACAAAUUCGACUUCGCCAUCUGCAUGGCCGCCUUCUUUGGAGUCAGUUUUGGUAGCAUGGACAUAGGCCUCUUGCUCUCGGUGGGAUUGUCAUUAUUGAGAGCACUUUUAUAUGUGGCAAGGCCAGCAGCUUGUAAACUAGGGAGACUUCCAAAUACAAGUUUAUACCGUGACACCGAGCAAUACCCUGAAACGAUGUCGCUAGAAGGGAUUCUUGUGCUUCAACUUGGUUCCCCUGUUUAUUUUGCAAACUGCAGUUAUAUUAGAGAAAGGAUUUUGAGGUACAUUAAUGAAGAAGAUGCUGUUACAGAGUAUCGUACUGAGCAUAUUUUGCUAGAUUUGUCAGGAGUUGCUUCCAUUGACAUGUCAGGCAUUGACACAUUCAUAGAACUAAUUAGAGUUUUGAAAGGAAAGCAUAUCAAGUUAGGCAUAGUGAACCCUAGGAUUGAAGUUUUAGAGAAAAUGACAUUAGCCAAAUUUGUUGAUGUUCUUGGCAAAAAAGCUUUCUACUUGUCGAUUGAAGAAGCAAUACAAAGUUGUCGGUUUACAAUGGAUACUAGUACUAAGGAAGAAGCAUGGGGAUCCUCGAAGACUGAAGAUGUUGUUUAA